AUGGAUUUUGGAUAUUGGCCCACGGUAGUCAUAGCUUUUGAAACGCGUCAUUUUGAAAUGGUAAAAUUCGAGCUGAUCAAGCCAACCGAGCUAUACAAUGUCUUAAAUCAGUGUUUAACACAUGCUUUUGUGAGCGAUCCCUGUUAUAUUGUUCUUUUCGAUUCACGAACUGAAGAGGACUAUGAUAAGUCACACAUAGUGACAGCCAGAAGGCUUAAACGAACACCAGAUAAUGACUUUAGGUGUCCUUAUGAAGCGGAGCUUGAUUGUAGGUGGAGUGUCAUAGUAUAUGAUGGAAGCACGUCGUCUCUGGAAUGCACUAGCGAUGUUGUAAAGGCUGCAGAAUUUUUGUAUGAUAAUGGUAGCCGAGAAAUAGUGAAGGUGCUUGAAGGCGGAUUCCAGUUAUUUACACGUUUAUAUCCUUAUAUGAGAAGUGAGAAAACACUAUAUCUUCCACAAGAACUUGAAUCAUUCACUACCUAUCCAUUGGAAGUUGUCCCUGGUAUUUUAUACAUUGGAACAAAGGAACAUGCUGGAGAUCGUAAAAUCCACAGACAGAUGAAUAUUUCGGCUCAUAUUAACUGUGAAAUGGAGAGUGAUCCUAUAUAUCAAGAUUGUGAGGAUGCUGUGUUUAGUGCUCAAACAUCAAGGGAUGAAAAUGGUGAUUUAUUACCACUUCUAGAUGAUGCCUGUGAUUUUAUUCACGAAAAACGAUUACGAGGACACCGGGUUCUAAUAUUUUCUAAACGUAUGAUUGACCGUUCUGUGGGGAUAGCUAUCGGUUAUCUGAUGAAGUAUGAAUCCAUGUCUUUAAAAGAUGCCUGGAUGUAUAUGCGAAAAGUCUGUAUACCUAUGCAGCCAAGUUGGUGUCAUAUGCAACAAUUGGCUGAAUUCGGGUGCAAGUUUCAUGACAUGGAUAAGCCGAUUCCAUUAACAGAAGAUGAAUAUUAUCGGCGAUGA